AUGUCGGGCGUCGAUUCUCUAAGUGAUGGCGAUGUGCACGAGCGUCUGCUGCCGGCUGGGCCGUACCAGACCUCACCCGACGAAAGCGAUCAGCUAGACGUGUUCACGCAUGAGAAACUGAUGCAUUCCAUUGGCUCGUUCUCUGCCGUCGUUUGGCCUGUGGCCGCCACCAUGUUGUUUGCAAGUUUUGUGUCAAUUCAUGUAGCGGAUCCUGCACUGGCUGAAGCUCUCGCAGACGCUUAUUUAGUCUAUGGACCGGACAAAGACAAGGGUGCAUCCGCAGGCACAAAAGCAGCUGAUGCACUGGUCAACGCUCUCGUGAUUGUGUCAUUUUUCCUCGUUGCAACGCUCGUUAUUGUCGGAUGCUACAAGCUGAACUUCAACAAGAUGCUGAUCGGGUACAUGAUGUUCUCGUCGGCAAUGCUGCUAGGCAUGCUGGGAGGCAACAUGAUGGUCAUCGUCGUUGCCAAGUUGGAGAUUAUAGUGGACGUAUGCACGUUGUUGUUUGUCAUGUACAAUUUCUCCGUGGUGGGUGUGUUGACCAUCUUCUACCAGAAAGGCACGCCUUUGUGGCUCACACAGAUGUACCUGAUUGCAACGUCAGUCAUCAUGGCUUGGCAGCUGGGUCAAUUUCCCGAAUGGAGCACCUGGGCGUUGGUGAUCGUGCUUGCAUUUUAUGACUUGUGUGCGGUGUUGACACCAUGUGGACCGCUAAAGUGGCUUGUCCAUCUUGUGCAACAGGAAGGGCGACCAUUACCUGGUCUUCUGUACGAAGCAGAGAUCCGCCGUGAUCACUCGAGCAACACAGCUUCACAAGCGCAUGAAAAUUUGUACUACCAGUGCGAGUCAGAAAUUCCUCUUCGUCGCGGGUCACCGCGGGAUAUGCCAAUAGACCCCUCCUCUUCGCCUCAAAUCUCCAUGCCGCAUCGUCAAGCUCCAUUGCGCGCUCGUUUGAUCGAUUUCUACACAAAACACAACCCGGCAGCAAUCUCCCGCGUGGACAAGAUCUUGGAACGGUAUCAUGGGCGAGAAGCCGAUAUGUGGCAUGAUCUAUGCCAGAAGUAUAUUAUCGACGAAGGGGAUGAGACAAUCAAGCUUGGUCUAGGAGACUUUGUCUUUUACAGCGUGCUAGUAUCUCGAGCCGCCAAGUACGAUUUUUCGGCAAUGAUCGGGUGUUUGGUGUCCGUCCUCAUGGGUCUGGGAGGAACAUUGUUUCUGCUCGGUUUAUACCAGAAGGCACUUCCAGCCCUGCCAAUCUCCAUUCUGCUGUCUGUCAUGGUGUACUUUUGGCUUCGCAUGGUGUUUGUGGACUUCGUGAGCAGCGCCCUGAUUAUCGGUGUACUGUUAUAA